AUGGAGUUCAGUAGUUUACUUCUCCUUUCUCCUCUAUUGAUCUGUAUUACCUCCAUCUUGCUUCAUGUAGCUAAUCGAUCAAGCAACAAGCAGAAGAGGCUUCCUCCAGGUCCCAAAGGCCUCCCAAUUAUUGGGAACCUCCUCAAAAUUGGUAACAGACCCCACGAGUCCUUGACUGGCUUGGCCAAAAUUUACGGUCCACUCAUGACAGUGAGAAUUGGCUGCGUCACAACCGUAGUUGCAUCUUCAACUGAUAUGGCUAGAGAAAUUCUCCAAAAGAAUGAUCAGGCCUUCUUGGGCAGGUCAAUCCCAGAUGCAGUGACUGCAGAAACUGAUUACGAACGUUCCAUUGUUUGGCUUUCUGGAGGAACAAAGUGGCGAAAGCUUCGAAAACUUUGCAACAGCCAAGUUUUUACCACCCAAAGAUUGGACGCAUUGCAAAGAUUGCGGCAUCAGAUGAUGGAAGACAUGGUUCACCGUGUUUCCCAAGCGGGAGAAGCUGGAGAAGCUCUUUAUAUCGGGAAUUCAGUGUUUGGUACAACGUUGAGCUCAUUUUCCAAUAUGAUGUUUUCGGGUGACGCGUUUGAUCCAAACUCAGAAGAAGCUAAAGAACUAAAAGAGUUGUUUAGGAGGAUAAUGGAACUUGCUGCAAAGCCAAAUCUUGCAGAUUUUUUUCCUGUCCUGAAGCCAUUUGAUCCUCAAGGAAUUAGAAGAGAUAUUAAAUGUUGUUUUGAUCGUUUUCAAACGAUAAUUGACAGCAAGAUUGAUGGUCGCAUGAAACGUAGGGCUUCUGGAUCACAAAGAUCUGGGGAUUUCUUGGAUGCUCUUCUUGAUCACAGUGAAGAACAUGGCCCGGAUGAACUGGACUGCCAUGAUGUUAGACUCCUGCUCAUGGAUAUGUUUGUAGGAGGUACAGAUACUACCACCGCCACAGUGGAAUGGGCAUUGACAGAGCUUAUUCGCAGCCCAGAGAAAAUGGCAAGGGCAAAGCAAGAAUUAAUCAAAAAAGUUGGCUUAGGAUUUAGUGUCAAGGAGCAGGACAUCCUUCAACUUCCUUAUCUAGAUGCAGUCAUGAAAGAAACAAUGAGGCUUCACCCUGCAGCUCCAUUUCUCCUCCAUUGUGCCGAGACAGAUGUAGAAGUUUGUGGUUAUAUCAUUCCAAAACAUACUCAAGUGUUAGUGAAUGUAUGGUCAAUCACGAAGGACCCGGCCUAUUGGAAAGAGCCCACCAAAUUUCAACCAGAAAGGUUUUUGGAUACAGGUAUUGACUUCAGGGGCAGGGAUUUAUCUUUCAUCCCUUUUGGUGCGGGACGGCGAAUUUGCCCUGGAAUGCCACUGGCAGCGAGGAUGGUGAAGUUAUUGUUGGCUACUCUUGUUCAUAAUUUUGAUUGGAAACUCCCAAAUGGUAUGGAACCGAAAGAUUUGGACAUGAAAGAUAAGUUUGGGCUUACAGCUGAGAAAGCUGAGCCACUUGCUGCCAUUCCUGUGAGGGUUGCAACAUCUUGA